GGAGGCUGCUGGUGGGAGGGGCGGGGCAAGGGGCGCUGAGUGCGCGUGCUCGGGCUGCCCGUAGGUUGGGUCCGCGUGAGAGGAAGACCUGAAGCGCGACCGCCGGGGGAAAGGAAAAAGAAUACUUCCUGCAAGCACUAAGGAGAUUCUUGCUUAUAUGUUGUCCUGCAAAGACAAUCGCAACAGCUAUGGGUGAAUAUAGCCGCUUUAUAGAUUGGGAUAAGAUGGAUGCCACGAUCCAGGAUCAAGAUACGAAGGAAUUGAGUAGCACCGAAUUUCAGGACCUGAAACAACUGGCUCGCCAAGGUUACUGGGCCAAGAACCACUCCUUAAGAGCAAAAGUGUACCAUAAACUGAUAAAUGACAUCCCUUGCCGCACAGUAACUCCAGACGCCCAUGUCUACCGGGACAUUGUGGGGAAAAUAACUGGCAAACGUAACAGCAGCAGCCUCCCUCUUCCAGAAUUUGUGGACAACAGCCUAGUUCCCACUUACUGUCUGAACGCAGAGGGCCUUGCAGCUGUCAGGAAGGUAAUCUCCUGCAUUGCAAGCCAGUUUCCAGACAUAUCGUUCUGCCCAGCUCUGCCUUCAGUAGUGGCACUCCUCCUUCAUUACAGCCGAGAUGAAGCCGAGUGCUUUGAAAAGGUCUGCCGCAUCCUAGCCUGCAAUGAUCCCUCCAAGCACUACAUUGACCAGACCUUUUUGGCUUUUGAGUCGUCUUGCAUGACUUUUGGUGACCUGGUGAACAAGUAUUGCCAGGCAGCCCAUAAGCUCAUGGUGGCGGUCUCAAAGGAUGUGUUGGAAGUUUAUUCUGACUGGCAGCGGUGGUUGUUUGGGGAGCUGCCACUAGUUUACAUUGCACGCGUUUUUGAUGUAUUCUUGGUCGAGGGCUACAAAGUACUCUACCGUGUUGCACUGGCUCUUCUCAAAUUCUUUCAUAAAGUCCAUGCUGGUCAGACUAUGGAAUCGGACAAUGUACAGGAAGAUAUCAGAGCUUUUGUAAGAGACAUUGCAAAGUCUGUGUCUCCUGAGAAACUGCUAGAGAAAGCUUUUGCCAUCCGCCUGUUUUCACGGAAGGAGAUCCAGCUUUUGCAGAUGGCUAACGAGAAGGCACUUCAGCAGAAAGGCAUAACAGUGAAGCAGAAAAGCAUUGCAUCCCCUAAAAGACAGAAUGUCCACUUGGCUGUUCAUGCAGAAAACUUCAAGUCUGAAAUUGUUGAUGUAAAGAAGAUGAGGGACAUCUGGUCGUGGAUUCCCGAACGUUUUGCACUUUGCCAGCCUUUGCUGCUUUUCACUACCUCCGAGCAUGGUUGCAGUCUAAGCAGAUUCUAUUCACAUUGUGAGGGACAUGAACCAACUCUUCUUCUGAUUAAGACAACCAAACAGGAGGUAUGUGGUGCUUAUUUGUCAACCGACUGGAAUGAACGCAAACGAGGAGGAAACAAGCUGAGUUACUUUGGGACAGGGGAAUGUUUUGUUUUCAGGCUGGUUCCAGAAGUGGAACGCUAUGAGUGGGUAAUAAUCAAGCAUCCAGAACUAGCUGUGACCACAUCUGAGCAAGGAAACAAUUCCUCCCAAAUUUCUGACCCUCCAUCUUCAACCAGCCUCCCUUCAGAUCCGUCAGACCGGCUUUCCCCCUUCCUUUCUGCCCGGCACUUCAAUCUUCCUUCCAAAGCAGCAUCCAUGUUUAUGGCUGGUGGGAUUGAAUGCAUCAUCAUAGGAGGUGGGGAUGGCCAGGCUCUCUACAUUGAUGCAGAUCUGAACCAUGGAAGAACUGGCCACUGCAACACUUUCAACAAUCAACCACUGUGCUCUGAAAAUUUCCAGAUCGCUAUUAUGGAGGUUUGGGGGUUCAAGGACACUAUGAGCAACUAAGGGAAUUGCCUGAUUCCAGAAGUAUGACUCUGAGCCCAGUUCAGUUGCAAGAGCCAAGCUAUUUUUGGGACCACAAUCUAUGGGUUUCUUAUGUAAUUUAGAAAGUAGCUUGAAGGAUUGCACUUCCAUACAUUCAGGGCUUAAGCCUUUUGCCAUGCAGUUCUUGAUAUGCAGUUUCAGUUGGGCUAAAUUAUUGUUUUUUAAACUUUUUUUACUGGGGAAGGGGUACCUCUUCAGACUUUGAUGCAUAUCUUGGUAUUUUUGAUAGUAAGGGAAUAACCUCACUUCCAACCCCAAAUUGAUUCAUAGACAUAUCAAAACUGUCGCAUAGGCAAACUGCUGAGAAGCCAGAUGCCUUUCUGAUCCUGGCAAAAAUGAAGAUCGACAGCUGACUUCUCAAGCAAUAUCACUUCUUGCUUUUUGCAGAAACUUCCUACAAGCAUGAACUUGAAUCCAAGCUGUGACCUGUGUUACAGCUGGAAUGGAUUAUGUUGCUGAUUUCUCUCCCUUCUCCCCUUGAGCUUCAGACCAACAAUCAUCCUAGAAGCUGCCCUGAAUCCUCAAGGAUAUGGAGAUAGGAGAAAUCACAUUGCACAUGUGUGGAACACUGCAAAUGGAUCUUUUGAUUCAAGCCAUUGUUUUCUAGAACAAGGCUCUGUACAAAAAUCUAUUUAAAAGCACUGUGUCUGUCUGUCUGUCUGUUUCUGUGUUUGUGCAUGCAUGCGCAGCUGGCUGUUGUCCUGAUGGGCAAUAUUCAUUUGACAUUCCUCUGUGUGAAGGUGAAGUUGAGUGUUUUGGGAAUCACUACUUCCUGUCAGUCUGCAGUGCCACUACUCUGCCGAUGGCAUUCAGUGCGACACAUAGCCAUCCUGGUUUUUUCUGUUUACAUUUCUGAUACCGCAUUAUCAGUAAUAUCAUGACUUCAAGGGUUGUGGGUUUAAUUUUAGGCAGCUAAUGUUCCAUACAAUACAUAUAAUGCAGAGAACAGCUUGCCCUUCGGCACACGAGCUGCUGCAGUUUGUUUGGACUUUUAAGGAAAUAUGUAGGAGCUUGAGAAACAGUAUUAAACAAUUAACAUUGAACUUCAGCACCAUUUUCAGAGUUAAGCCAUUAUAACUGGCUGGGAAAAAAGGCUGGUGUAUUUGCCGACUUUCCAUUAGGUAGGGAGUGGAUGAUUUCUUCAAGAAAAUCUGCAGGCAGCUGCCUAGUCCCUGGAGACUUCUUGCAUGCAACAUUUGCCUCUUUAUCAAUAACAUCUUUUUUAGUGCAGGUUGCUUUCCUGUUAGCAAAGUCCUCCUCUAAGACAGGAACGUUGCCAUCUUUAGAUACAACGAGUUGGGUAUCUGCUCCUUCUCCAUGUCAAGUUGAAUAUGAGAAUUGCCACCUCUGAACUGGGGAACAAAGAGAGUUUUGCAGAGUCUGGCUCCUGAUACAUAUCCAAUAGCUACACAGUUAGAAUAAAGAGGAAAGUUGGAAGACUUUUUCUUUGCCCAUUAUUAAUUGGUUUACGUGUUUAUCUUGACUGUGUGCUCACUUGCAUAGUUGACGCAUCUGGUGGAUGGAAAUGGGGUAAACAUCAGCUGCUUCAGAAGCAAAUAAAAGGUGGGAGGAAACUGCCGUGCGAGGUACAGAGGUUGUGUGUCCCUCUCAGAGAUGGCCCAAAGCAGCGUACUCAUCCUCUGGGAGACUGCAAGGACUCAGGGAAUCCUUUCUAUCUUUGAAGAUAAACUUAGCUUAUUAUAAAAUCUGGUUUCCUACAGAUUUUAUGGUUUAAGAGUUUGCUUUAGCCUCUUCACCUUGUAUUUUCAACUGAUUUAGAUCAAACCCUGCCUGCCUAACAAAUAAAAUUGCAGUAGGUGUAUUUAUACCUCACAGUUACACAAAUUUGACAUCAUUCUGACUGCUGUGGACCUGUGCUAAGGAAGCCUGGAGUUUGUCGUUCAGUGAAGCAUUCAGAAUUUUCUCCUAGAGGGCUCUAAUGCACUUCUCCAAUUACACCAGAGGAUUCUAAGUACUUUCCCAAACUACAAAUCCUUAUGGUGGAUCCAUGACAGUUAAUUAGUAUCAAAGCACAUAGGGCAGAUACAACUUUAUGUUAGCAGGAUGAUAGGGACGAGAAAUGAUAGGGCCAUUGCAUGAUAUUUCACUGACAAAGCCAGUAGUUUGUUGCAGUUGGUGAACUUCUUCCACCACAGUUUGACUAUUUAAAAAAAAAAAUGAAAACCAGCGACACUUCUAUCUGCUGGCUUCGUACCCUAAAUAUUGUGAUUCUGAUGGCUAAGAAGCAGCAGUUCCAAAGUGGUUUUCUGGGAGGUAGUCCCUUUCCUCACUCUGGACAGCAGUGCUUCUGGGCUGAGGAAGGCAGGAAUAUCCUGGAACAGAUAUCAAGAAACGCCAUGAAAUGUAACUAGGAAUAGCUUCCAACCUAAUUAGGAAUGUUGAAGUGUGGUGGCAUCAAAUUUGAUGAGUAGUCUGAAUGUCAGAAUUCUAUUGAGAAAAAUGAAUAAUGCAUGAAACCCAUGUGUUUGUUCACAAGGGACAGUUCCUUAACCAGAGAGAAGGCAGUUGAAGAAUGUCUGCUCCGCUUGUGUAUAAUAAAGAGGAUAGUGGGGGGGGGGGGGCAGUCUUAUUAUGAAGAGUCAAACAUAUCAGGAAUGUGUUCAAAUGUAGCAAAAGUGUAAAAUGCAAUGGCUUUUUGAAAUCAGUUAAUUCCAUAAUUAGUGUGUAAGAAUAAAAGCAUAGCACUUAUCUGUUUUUGACGUUUUCGUUUUUGAUAAGACAUUCCUUUUUCAGCCUAAUGAAGUAAGUGUCAUAGUUUUCCUCCGAAGUCUGACUCUUAAUUAAUUUAUUUUUUUUAACCUAACAGUUGUCUUAGUAAAGUGGCACAACAGCAGGGACAGUAAACGCCCUUGUUCUCUUCUAUAUCUAGGGCAGGGGACCUCAAGCAUUACUUGGUCCACAUAUCUUGAAGAUGAGGAAGACACAGCUGAAGCUGAAGGUCUCCUCUCUUUGUGUAGGUUGCAGUGUGGUUGUGUUCUUAUCACUGAUUGUGUUGUACCUGGCUGUAGUCUAGUAGAUGUGAAACCUUCUCAUGUUACUUCUGUCAGAUAGUGUGAUGUUGUUUCUUUUUGGAGGCAACUGUGGUUCUCUUGCACUGUGAAACCCACCCACCCCGUAUCAUCAUACAAUGAAUGUUUCCCCUUCCUUCUUGAAUUGAUAAAGGUGACAGCAGCUGUAUGUGUAUGUGUGUAAAUCUGUGAAUAAACAGAAAUAAAAUCAAUUUGCUUAGAAAAAUA